AAGAAAAAAAAAAAAAAAAAAAGUGCCCUGAGGCAGAAUCCUUGCUAUUCGUCCUGGACAUUCAGUCAAAUCACUUAUCCUCUGUGCCUCAGGUUCAGAGGCACAUGUGUAAAGUGUAAAAUGUGGUGUCAUGUGUGAAAUAAACCUUAACUAUUACAAUAACUAUUUGAGGGAAGGAUGACCAAGAACCUGGCUCACUGUUGACACUGAUGCAGAGCCAGAGAUUGGCUGGAACUGUCUCAGACAUCUGGGCCAACAAUGGAGGGACAUGUUGGCUUGGUGUCAUCCUGGGAGGCCAUGGAGUAAUUGUUCCCCAUUAGCAAAUGCUCUGUCCUUUGGUUCCAUUUUUAUUUAUUUACUUUUGGCCUCGCCCAUAGCAUGUGGAAGUUCCUGGGCCAGGGAUCAAAACCAUGCCAUAGCAGCAACUCAAGCCAUUGCAGUGACAAUGCUAGAUCCUUAACCUGUUGCACCACAAAAACCUCCCCGCCUUUGAAAUCAAAGUAUAGUUGAUUUACAAUGUUGUGAUUUUUGGUUCCAUUCUUACCUACUGCUCUAUCCUGGAAGGGCUGGCUUUUGGCUGGCUUUUCUGCACAAUUUCCCUUUUCCUUGCUUCCCCUCCCCUGCUGUUCCUAGAUCUCUCUAAAGCUACACUGGGUAGGAGGACCUGGGUGAGGUCUUACCCACUCAGGCUGCUGGGUCUGGAGGAAGGUGAAGGUUGGGCUAUGCAGAGCAGCAGCAGGAGAGGCCCUUGAUAACUCUGGGAAAGAAAAAACAAAAAACAAAAAACUGUUUAAACAGCAUCCUUUUCCAUCCUUUGAGGCAUAUCCUGGCUUUGGAGUCUAGUGGCAAGAGAAGUUGUGGGGUGUGAUUAGUCAGUGAUGUGGCUUUAACACAUUUUUCACAUUCUUUUGUAAUUGUUUUUCCAUCUCUGUUCCCUCCCAGGACUGCUCUCCACAACCCUUGCCUUACACAGUCUGUAACUCAAUACAUGCGUGUUUGUGUGUCCUGAACCACAGUACUGCUGUGGAGUGUUUAUGCUAGCAGUCAUGGGUAUGGGUCUGUGUUCUGGGUGGUGUCUGUGAGGGGCAUGUGCAUGUGUGCUUGUUGCACUGGUCCAUGUGUGGUGAAAUUUUUGUGUGUGUGCACGCCAAAAGUGUGAUACAUGCAUGUGCGGUGUGUGUAGUAGGUUACUAUGCAUGCAGCUGGUUCUGUUCCUUCCCUGCAUGGGACAAGCCUAUAGAGAUAGGACAGGAGGUUGCAUCAAUGGAAAUAAAGCUCUAACCCACAUAGAAAGAGCUCAGAAACCUUAACUAUAAUAACUAUUUUGGGGAAGAGUGACCAAGACUCUAUGGCUCUAUGUUGAGGUCUUUACUGAGGAGUACUAUCUCUGGGACAGGAUGCCCUAUGGGCGGCUAGGAGGAGGCGCUGGGGGUGGGCUCCGUAAGGGGGCUGGGAGUCGACAUCGCGUCCUUAUCGCACGGGUUUCAGUGGAGGGGCCUGUGGGCGGGGAGAGCGAGCUCGGCCUCUUGCCAAGGCAUUAGGCACAUUGGAAGAGCCUGGUUGUCGGGCUGGAGUUUGGUGGCAGUCACUCUCCAGACCCGCGGGCAGGGGCUGGCGUGUAGCUUGGGGGCGGGGCUAAGACCACUGGCUUGGUUCCGAAGUAUUGGGAGGGGCCCAGAGCCGACCGAGGCGUGAGGUUGAGAGAAUGGCUGGGGCGGGGCUAAGAACGGGGUUAGGGGCGGGGCUAGAGUCUGGGGGUAGGGCUAAACUGGGAGCAGAUCUGGAGAGGAACUAGGGAUGGGACUGAGGGCUGGACCUGAGCGGCCGAGCUAAAGUGGAGGUGCUAAGGUUAAAGUGGGACAAAGAGGGAGGGGCCCGCGAGGAGCUGGGAGGCCCCGGAUGAAGAGCGCGGCUGAAGCUCAGACCUGGGCUAAGACAUCUCAGCCUAGAGCGGCGGGGGGAGAGGGGCGACUGGGCAAGCAUGAGGCGGAGUUAAGGGCUGGACUGGGGCGAAGCUGAGACUGGGUUUUACGGAUGGUCUCAGCCAAGCUGAAGUUCAGUGUUGGACUUCUGCGAGGGAGUCUUGUAGAGACAAAGUGGGCUGAGAGCGAUGUGGGUCAGGACAACAGUGAGGAUUGAAAGGUGGACUAAGGAAAAGACUGAGGACGAUGCCAGCUCGUGGGACGAGAGCAGCACUGAUAUAAGCAGGUUACCCGGCUGGGAGAGAGGACAUCUGCUGGCUAGCGUGGCGUCUAGCACUGAUGCGUCUACCUUCUCCUCUGAAGGUGAAUUCAAGGACACUGAGAGGUGCUGCUGGAAACACAGGUGCACCGGGCACAUCAUCCAUCCCUUCACCUCUGACUACAGCCACCAGGACCUGCACCUGCACUCUGCCAGCCACUGCGACUGUGAUUCCCGGCUGAAGGACUGCUCAGAGAAGACAAGUAGCAGCUCCAAUGAUGUGGGCCCAACCUGCUCCCGUGAUGUGGGCUCAGCCUGUUUCAACAUCAUCCAGUCCCCUUGCUUUGAGCUCAUCCCAGAGGACGAGUGUGUGGAACGGUUUUGGUAUGGCUGGUGCAAAAGCUACAGGCCUGUCUCCGUGGCUGUGAUCCAUCAUCCCAUCCACCAUGAGUGUGGGGCAGAUGACCUAAAUGAAGAAGAGGAAGAGGAGGAGGAGGAGGAGGAGGAGGAAGAAAGCAAGCCUCCCAUCCCAACCCAGGUGGGGCCCACCACCACAGCCACCGACACAGGCAUGGUCAUGGUCACGGGUACCCCGGACUCAGCAGCUCCCAUCACCAUCUGGCGCUCUGAAAGCCCCACAGGCAAGUCCCAGGGCAACAAGGUGAUCAAGAAGGUCAAGAAGAAAAAGGAAAAAGAGAAAGACAAGGAGGAGGAGACGGAUGAAAAAGCAAAGCUGAAGAAAAAAGUCAAGAAAGGCAAGUUGACUAAGAAGAAAAGCCCCGUUAAAUCGGAAUCACCUCCAAACUUGAGCCGAUCAUUAAGCCCAAGAGAGUCGGCCAGGAUGUCAGAGUCCAGCCCGGACAGCCGGCAAGACCUGGAGAGUGAGGACAGUUACAAGGACCCUGGGCGGGAGGAACCCUCCAGUGAGGAUACUGUGGAGUCUUCAUCGCCCAGGAAGAGAGAGAAGAACAUAGUCCAGGCUAAGAAGCUGGGGACGAAGACCUCGCCGGUCAAGAAGGUCAACAAGAGGAAAUCUCCCCCAGCAUCCAACCCCAAUCUCAGUUGAGGCCAGGGAGACCAGGGUGAAGAAUAAAUGCGAUCAAGCCUUA